AUGGUCGGCUCUUGCCUGGCUCAGGGCGACCUCGCUGGGCUUCUUGCCUCUCAGGAUGACCUCAGCACGCUCCUCGAGCUCGUUGGUCUUGUGCCUGGACUUGCGGACAAGCUCGCCGCUGCUUCCAAUAUUACCAUCGUAGCACCAACGAACGAAGCCUUUGCUGCAGUACCACGAAACGUUCCAGAAGGUGAAGCCAUCGAGCAAAAGAACGACACCAUCGCAAUCGGAGCUCUGCUCGCGAACCACGUAUUCAAAGGAGUUUACCCAUCAGCUGUCAUCACUGAUAUUCCCACGUUUGCGCAAACCUUGCUCAAUAGCUCGUAUAUCAUUCCUCGACAGCCUUUUUCCAACUUUACCGGUGGCCAAUAUAAUGGACUUGUGAAGAACGGCGACGAUGACAUCAAGCUAGGCGAAGGCAUCACCAUCCACAAAAUCGACACAGUCCUAUCCUUCGGCGCCCCCCUCCAACUCUUCACCUACCGCGCAGGCUUCCUCGCCAUGAACGUCGCUCUCGAAGCUGCCGAUCUCGGCAUCGACAUCGGCUUAACGGGCGCAGAUAAUCCAGGCCUCAACAUCUCCGACUACACCAUCUUUGUACCUACCAACGAGGCAUUCGAGUCGAUCGGUUCCGUGCUAGAAUCCGCAGAUAAGAAAACCCUCCAGGAGGUGCUCAAGUACCACAUCAUCCCCAACAACGUCAUUUUCUCGCCUUCGCUGGGAAACGUUACCGUUCCGUCGCUGCAGGGCGAUAAUCUGACUUUCACCGUGCUACCGGAUGGCUCGGCCUGGGUCAACAACGCAAGGAUUACUUUCCCCAACUCGAUCCUCUUCAACGGCAUCGCCCAUGUGAUAGACAGUGUACUGAGCCCCGGCGAAUUCGACCGCGCCUCUUUGACGCCCAAGGCAAACGCUUCGGAGCGCGUCGCUUUCCCCAGCGCUUCGUCUGUGCCUAUCUCGGAGCUGCCCUUCUCGAGCAUCGCGUUCCAGGGUGACCAGGAGACGUAUUCGACGACGCCGGCGCUGCUUCAGACGUGGAUUGCGGUGGCGACGCCUACUGCGAGUGCGUCUGCUACGGGUAAUGCGUCGGGCCAGGGAACUCCUGCUCCUACUGGACAGCAGCAAUUCCCUGGAGCUGCUAGUGGCUUGGUUCCUGUUGCUGCGCUGGCCUUGUCUGUUGCGGUGGGUGCGGCUGCGGUGCUUCUCUAG